ACAAAUCAAACAAUUCCGACCUUUCUCGAUUGAACUCCAAAUUACCUUUUUUUCUUUUUUCUUUCUAGAAUUAGAAAAUUAACUCAAGAGAUUUUUUUUUUUUUGACAGUUAACUCAAGAGGUUAACAAGAGGAAAACACAAGUUCAUUGUUCUCUUCCAUACAUAACCCUAAUUCUAAAUCACCAAAGAAUCUCUAAAAUAUUUGCAGCUAGGGUUGGGAACGGUUCAGUAAAAAAAAGAUUUGAAAUGUUUUUCACCUUCUCCUAGCAUCGCGCUGCCUCUUCUUCUCCUAACUUCUAUAGCUCUCGCCGCUGCUUUGCUCCAUCUGUCCCAGCAGCGACACUCACCAUUCUAGCCCCGUUCGAAACAUACUGCUACAUCUCCAUCGCCUUGCCGCCGGAGCAAAUCUCAUGUCAACGUCACUGGAAGAAUAAUUUAAGAAUCUUAUAGAAGAAUUAUUGUUACUAACAUUGAAAGAAGAAAUCAAAUUCCCCUUUGUUGAAAUAUUCUGAAUCAUAGAAAAUCAAAUUCCCCUUGAAGUGCGUUGCCACUGUGACAAACGGUGAGAGGCGGCGACGGUGCAACAUUGACGGCGAUGAGAAAAACCGAGGGAGGUAGAUGGAAACGCCGUUUCAAUUCUGUUUCUUCUAUUUAAUUUUAAGUUUUUAAUACCAGCCUUUAGAUUAAAGUUUGCCACAUGUCACACAUCCAUAAGAAGAAAAGGACUAAAAGGAGCUAAUAGAAAGGAGCAAAGCCGCUCUCCUGUUAGAAGCACCAGUGUCCCGCCGUUCUCCAUACUCUGCCGCAAAAAGUAAGCACCAGUGUCCCGCAGUCGGAGUUUGUCGCCGGCAGCCGCACAACAUAUACAAACACAACACAACAGAAAUAUUCUCCAUAGCAAAGCGAUUCCGCGAUUGAAAGCAUAGAUGAAGGUUAAGAAGCAAAAAAGGCAUAGGAAGAGUUUAACGUUUUACACUGCAUGUUUUGGUUUCCAUAAGCCUUACAGAGUUCUUUGUGAUGGAACAUUUGUUCAUCACCUUGUUGCCAAUCGUAUAACUCCGGCUGACACGGCUCUUGCCAAUAUUCUUAGUUCUCCUGUCAAGCUUUACACAACAAGCUGUGUUUUAGCCGAGUUGAAACGGCUUGGUAAAUCCUAUUCUGAGGCUCUUGAGGCAGCUAAGAAUCUUAUAAUUGCAAGAUGUGAGCAUGAUAAAUGUGUGAGGGCCGAUUCCUGCAUCACUGAGGUUGUCGGAGAAAAUAAUUCUGAGCACUUCUUUGUUGCUAGUCAGGACGCUGACCUGCGGAAGAAGUUGGAAGAGGUACCUGGCGUGCCUCUCAUAUUUGGUCUCAGAAAUGCUCUUUUCCUCGAAUCUCCAUCUGCAUUUCAGAAGGAAUAUGUCAAAACUUCUGAAGAAGGACGAUUGCAUAUGACCAAUAAAGAAUACCAGAUAUUUAGGGAGAGGGCAAUGAAUAGAUUAGCUGCUGGGGAAGCCGACAAUUCCAAUACUGAAAUAGUUGAAAACAAGGACUCAGAAGAUCCUAUUGCAAGUGCACAGGCAAUAAAAAGAAGUAUUACUUCAAGGAAUAAGAUUGGAAUCAAGGAUAGACCCCAGUUCAAGAGAAAAAGAGCAAAGGGUCCAAAUCCACUUUCUUGCAAGAAGAAAAAAAGCCGUGAAGACCAAAACAGUUCAAAGGAAACGAAAGGAGACAACACAGCGAAGAGAAGCAGAAAAAGGAAGAGGUCACGUAAAGGUCAAAUGUCAGCUGAAGCAAGCAGUUAAGUAGAUCAUUAGGUAUAUAUGGAUAUGGAUGAGCUCCCCAAGUUUUCUACUGCUGAUGAGUUUAGAGAGAAUGCCAAAUUUUGAUUUAUGUUAUCAUGUCAAAGGAAAGUACAUUAGUUGCAUUUUUUACUCCUGUACUGUUGUUGUUCUCGUUCCUGUUAGGAGAUUAUUGAUUUGGACAUUAUU